AGGGAUUUCCCGAAACACCACAUGGUCAAAUCGUAGUUAUGAGCUAUUUGCUUGCUUCUGUGACUAGGUCUAGAGUCUCCACUCAUAUCUCCUCCUUUGCCACUCCAUACUCAGUAUUCAGAUGCUCCACUAAACAUUUAAGGCUGACUCUCUCCAGCUCAGGAACUAUACACAAGAGAUCAGUUUCCGACUCUACUGCAUCAGCAUGGUCUCCCCAUAUGAUCAUUCACAGUACUGAGAAAGUCUUACAUGGAGUGCACGACUUCAUUCAUUUGCCAUGGUGGGCCGUUAUAGCAUUGACAACGUUUACACUGCGAACAAUUGUGACCCUCCCCCUUGCCCUCCACCAGAGCAAGGUCAUUGCCAAGAUGGAAUUGCUUAAACCUACCAUACAGGAGUACCAAGAGUCUGUGAAACAUAACGUGAUUGUUAAGUGUAGACGAGCCAAUCUACCAGUGGAGGAAGCAAAUAAGAUACUGAUGAAAGAGGUGAAAAAAGUUACUCGAGAGUUGCUAUCAUCUGAAGGCUGUAAUCCAUAUAAGGUUGCCAUCUUGCCAUGGGUACAGAUUCCAUUAUGGAUAGUGAUAUCCUUUGCCAUUCGUAACAUGUCUGGUGUCUACCCUGGGAUGACCCCUCUCUAUCCUGACAGCACAGCAUCUCUGGCCACUGAAGGAACUCUAUGGUUCAAAGACCUCACACUCAUAGAUCCUUAUUACAUCCUACCCUGUCUACUGGUGAUCACCAACUUCUUAAACAUUGAGCUCCACUCGCUCAGACGACAAGCUCCCACCAGACUACAGAGGGUCAUGACAAACACCUUCCGUGUACUCACAUUUGGAAUGGGCUACGUCUCCGCACAAAUGCCCACCGCAAUGGUGCUCUACUGGUCCCUGUCGAGUACGUACGGCCUGUCCCAGAAUCUCCUGUUCAAGUAUCCUCAAGUGAGACGAGUAUUGAGAAUACCAAAGACCCCCAGUGAAAGUAGGACCCCCUAUAGAGACCUAUUAGUUAUCCUUAGAGACAAGGCUAGGAAAUUUAUUCUCUUACAGCAUAGUAAAAAGCAGUAGUUUGUGGUUUCAUAAUAAUCAUAAUGCAAUGCACUGUGUAUUGUUUGUGAAUAGCCUAACAACUUAAACAAACAUUAUUUUAGUGGUGCUGUCCUCUGGUAUAUCGUAAUGCCUUGAGAGGAUUUCUGCGGUAGGUACAGAGAG